AUGGAUCAACAAAUCCCUCACGAUGACACACCAGGCACCAUUCUUCUCUACGAUGCCGCCUCUUCUACAGGCAAUCGCCAGACACACAAUGGCGACAUCAUCUUGCAACCGAAGCCGAGCUCCGAUCCCGAGGAUCCUCUCAACUGGACUGCGAAGAGGAAAUACCUUGCCAUUGGCAUGGUAUAUCUAUACACUUUUGCAAUCGGCAUCGCGACAUCCGUCCACGCGUCCAUCUUGACACAAAUCUCCGCAUCCCAAAAUCUCAGCUUCGCCCAACUCAACACGGGCACAGGUCUCAUGCAGCUUAUGCAAGGAUGGGGUUGCCUCUUGUGGCAACCAUUCGCCAUGACUUACGGCCGCAGGGGCGUUUAUAUCACCACCGCGAUGCUGUCUAUUGCUCCCGUGAUAUGGACCCCAUUAUCCUUUGGUGCUUCACAGUGGUAUGCCCACCGCAUACUACUAGGAAUAUUCUGUUCUCCGGUCGAGUCGCUGCCGGAAGUGUCCGUACCAGACAUAUUCUUCGCCCACGAACGUGGAAGGUACAUGGCCUUGUAUACUUUCAUCUUGUUCGGCUCCAACUUUCUUGCGCCGUUCUUUUCCGGAUUCAUUGCAGAUGGAGCAGGUUGGCGUUGGGUCAUGUAUUUCGCAACCAUCGUGCUAGGUGUUUGCUCGAUUAUCCUGUUCUUGUUCACCGAGGAAACCAUUUUUUUCCGGAACACCAUCGAAGGCCUGGACCCUAUCUCGAGCGACGAGAACUCAACCGAAAUAGUGAAAAAGGACGCAAGAAACGAUCUCGAUACGAAACGUCCGCCCAUCCUGGACCAGGUGCAGGAUUCGAUACCCAUGCGGGAAAAGAGAACCUUUCUGCAGAAGCUCUCCCUUGUCACCAGACUACCCGGUCGCCCCAGUCGAAAACAGACUAUUCUCAAGACAUGGAGGUCUCUCAAGAUUAUCGCUUUAUUCCCCAAUAUUCUUUGGGCCGGUCUACUCUACGGCACGAACAUCGCCUGGUACAGUGUCAUCAAUGCCACCAUGUCCAUGAUCCUCGGCGAGGCGCCCUACAGCUUCUCCCCGACCCUGGUGGGCGUUGCCUACCUGUCGCCUCUUGUCUUCGGUGGUGUCGCCGCUGUCUGGGCUGGAAAGUUUUCCGACGUGCUGACAAUGAGAUUGGCAAGACGCAACGACGGCAUACGUGAGCCAGAGCAUAGGCUGUGGGGCCUCGCCGUCUCAGCGGUUAUGUCCUCUGGAGGACUCCUUAUAUGGGGAGUUGGUGCCAGCCGGAAUGCGCACUUCAUGGUCCUGAUCGUGGGAAUUGGUAUCACGACCUUCGGUGUCGUCUGUGCCAGCGCUAUUUCGCUCUCGUAUGCUGUGGACUGCUUCAAGGAGAUUGCCGGCGAGUCAUUCGUUGCAAUCAUCAUUAUCCGGAACACAUUGGCCUUCGCAUUUAGCUAUGCGAUCACACCAUGGAUUGAGGCUUCUGGUCUCCAAAAUUGCUUCAUAUCAGUAGCCAUGAUAUCGCUAGUGUGCACUUGCUCCUUUCUCCCCAUGAUCAAAUGGGGCAAGGCAUUGAGAAGAUUUUCCGCCGAAAGAUACUGGAGGUUCGUGGCAGAUGAGAGAGAAACGGCAGUUCAUUAA